AUGGGCGCCUUCGCCCACUGCCCCUUCAUCACCACCGUCACCUUCCCCGCCGGCCUCACCUCCAUCGGCCCCAGCGCCUUCCACCUCUGCUCCUCUCUCACCCACGUCACCCUCCCUGCCGGCCUCACCUUCAUCGGCGAGGCCUCCUUCUUCCGCUGCGCCUCUCUCACCCGUGUCACCUUCUCUGCCGGCCUCACUUCCAUCAGCAGCGCUGCCUUCGCCGGCUGCUCCGCCCUCUCCUCCGCCACCCUCCCCGCCGGUCUCACCUUCAUCGGCGACUGCGCCUUCGACCGCUGCUCCGCCCUCACCACCGUCACCCUCCCCGCCGGCCUCACCUCCAUCGGCGACGCCGCCUUCGAAGGCUGCCCCUCGCUCGCCUCCGUCACCGUGCCAACCACCUGCGAGAUCGGCGCGGCCUUCGACCCCACGACCACCGGCUGCUCCUCGCUCUCCUCCAUCGACCUCCCUGCCAGCCUCACCGCCAUCAACAACCACGCCUUCCGCCGCUGCUCCGCCCUCUCCUCCGUCACCCUCCCCGCCGGCCUCACCUCCAUCGGCAUGGGCGCCUUCGCCCACUGCCCCUUCAUCACCACCGUCACCUUCCCCGCCGGCCUCACCUCCAUCGGCCCCAGCGCCUUCCACCUCUGCUCCUCUCUCAACCACGUCACCCUCCCCGCCGGUCUCACCUUCAUCGGCGAGGCCGCCUUCUUCCGCUGCGCCUCUCUCACCCGUGUCACCUUCCCUGCCGGCCUCACUUCCAUCAGCUGCGCUGUCUUUUCCGGCUGCUCCGCCCUCGCCCGCGUCAUCCUCCCCGCCGGUCUCACCUCCAUCGGCGACUGCGCCUUCGACGCCUGCGAGGCCCUCGGCUCCGUCACCCUCCCCGCCAGCCUUACCUCCAUCGGCGAAGCCGCCUUCGAAGGCUGCCCCUCGCUCGCCUCCGUCACCGUGCCAACCACCUCUGAGAUCGGCGACGCGGCCUUCGACCCCACGACUACCGUCACUCUGGACGUGGGCGGCUGGCAGGUCGUCGUCACCGACGGGCACGUGGUGCUGCCCGAGGGCAUGACGCACCUGCCGGACAAGGCGUUCCAGGACCGCACCUCUCUCGUCUCGGUCGCCUUCCCGCGCAGCCUUGCCUCCAUCGGCAGCAGCGCCUUCGAGGGCUGCUCCUCGCUCUCCUCCAUCGACCUCCCUGCCAGCCUCACCGCCAUCAACAACCACGCCUUCCGCCGCUGCUCCGCCCUCUCCUCCGUCACCCUCCCCGCCGGCCUCACCUCCAUCGGCAUGGGCGCCUUCGCCCACUGCCCCUUCAUCACCACCGUCACCUUCCCCGCCGGCCUCACCUCCAUCGGCCCCAGCGCCUUCCACCUCUGCUCCUCUCUCACCCACGUCACCCUCCCCGCCGGUCUCACCUUCAUCGGCGAGGCCGCCUUCUUCCGCUGCUCCUCUCUCACCCGUGUCGCCUUCCCUGCCGGCCUCACUUCCAUCAGCUGCGCUGUCUUUUCCGGCUGCUCCGCCCUCGCCCGCGUCAUCCUCCCCGCCGGUCUCACCUCCAUCGGCGACUGCGCCUUCGACGCCUGCGAGGCCCUCGGCUCCGUCACCCUCCCCGCCAGCCUUACCUCCAUCGGCGAAGCCGCCUUCGAAGGCUGCCCCUCGCUCGCCUCCGUCACCGUGCCAACCACC